AUGGCCCCCGUUGCUGCUCGUGGUCGCAAGGCCCAGAAGGUCACCAAGAAGUACAUCAUCAACGCUUCGCAGCCCGCGAGCGACAAGAUCUUCGAUGUCUCUGCCUUCGAGAAGUUCCUCCACGACCGCAUCAAGGUUGAGGGCCGUGUUGGCAACCUCGGUGACAACGUCGUCAUCUCCCAGGUUGGUGAGGGCAAGAUCGAGGUUGUCACUCACAUCCCCUUCUCUGGUCGCUACCUCAAGUACCUGACCAAGAAGUACCUCAAGAAGCAGCAGCUCCGUGACUGGCUGCGCGUUGUCUCCACCUCCAAGGGUGUCUACGAGCUCCGCUUCUACAACGUCGUCAACGAUGAGGGCGAGGAGGAGGAGGAGUAA